UCUUGUUCUCUCUGUGCUUCAGAAAAAAGCUUUCAACCUGAAUAAGUACAGCUCACAGCCCACGUAGAUUUUCCAUUCUCCGUUUCUCUUAAGAUCCAAACACUCAAGCCCCUUUCAGAAAACACUUCGUGUUUUCACUUUCCUUCUGAUUAAACAAAGACCUUUCUCAAAGCUCAAAGCUUUUUCAUUUAUAUUUGUUUUCUCACAACACAAAGUACUAGUUUUGAUCGUUUUCUUAGAUUCAUCAAAUUUUAGUUUUUUCCGCUAAAUUUAAUUCUUCUUGAUCUGUUACCUCCCUUUUACAGCUGCAUUUUUUAGACUCCUCCGCCACAAUUGAUUUCCUUUUAAUAAAGCAAAAAUUGAGUAGCUGUUCGGUAUUUGUAAUCUAAAGUUUGUUGCUUUAGCCGCAAACUCAUCGUUUAUGUUUCCUUCUUUCUGAACUUCUCUUUUGCUUUCUAAUUAAAAUAUUGUUGAUCUUAGCAUUUGAGUGCUUUUUGUUUGGUUUUGGCUUCUGGGUAUUUUUGUUUUGGUGGAAUUGGGUUUUGGUUAUCUGGGUUUUUGUGAUCUUGUGGUUGGAGUUGCAGUUCAAGUUCAACUUGUUGAUUUAUUUGCUUUGAAGAGUUUUCAUGCUUUGUUGCUAAGAUGCAGCCUGAUCAAAGAAAAAAGUCAUCUGCAGAUGUAGACUUCUUCACAGAAUAUGGUGAGGGGAGCAGAUACAGAAUAGAGGAAGUGAUAGGUAAAGGAAGCUACGGUGUUGUUUGCUCUGCAUAUGAUACACAUACUGGAGAAAAGGUUGCAAUUAAGAAAAUCAAUGAUAUCUUCGAGCAUGUCUCUGAUGCCACCCGCAUCCUUCGUGAGAUUAAACUUCUUAGACUCUUGCGUCAUCCAGACAUUGUCGAGAUCAAACACAUCUUGUUACCUCCAUCUAGACGGGAAUUCAAAGAUAUAUAUGUUGUAUUCGAACUCAUGGAAUCUGAUUUACACCAGGUUAUUAAAGCAAAUGAUGAUUUGACUCCAGAGCACUACCAAUUUUUUCUUUAUCAGCUUCUGCGAGGUCUGAAGUACAUCCACACAGCAAAUGUCUUUCAUCGGGACCUAAAGCCCAAGAAUAUCUUAGCAAAUGCUGACUGUAAACUCAAGAUCUGUGACUUUGGUCUUGCAAGAGUAGCUUUCAAUGAAACUCCAACUGCUAUUUUUUGGACGGAUUAUGUUGCGACAAGGUGGUACAGGGCUCCAGAAUUGUGUGGAUCCUUUUUCUCAAAGUAUACACCAGCAAUUGAUAUAUGGAGCAUUGGUUGUAUCUUUGCUGAACUUUUAACUGGGAAGCCUCUUUUCCCUGGGAAAAACGUCGUUCAUCAAUUAGACCUUAUGACCGAUCUGCUUGGAACGCCAUCCGCCGAAGCCAUUGCCAGGGUAAGGAAUGAGAAAGCGCGGAGAUACUUGAGCAGCAUGCGGAGGAAAAAGCCCAUUCCUUUCUCUCAGAAGUUCCCUAAUGCCAAUCCCCUUGCACUUCGUUUAUUGGAAAAAAUGUUGGCAUUUGAACCCAAGGAUCGACCUUCAGCAGAAGAGGCUCUUGCUGAUCCAUAUUUUAAGGGUUUAGCCAAGGUUGAGAGAGAGCCUUCUGCUCAACCAGUUACCAAGAUGGAAUUUGAAUUUGAGAGACGAAGGAUAACAAAGGAAGAUGUAAGAGAGCUUAUAUACCGAGAAAUUCUUGAAUACCAUCCUAAAAUGUUGAAAGAGUACUUAGAAGGUUCGGAACCAACAGGCUUCAUGUAUCCAAGUGCUGUUGAUCAUUUCAAGAAGCAAUUUGCUUUCCUUGAGGAGCACUAUGGAAAUGGUGCGACUGUUGCUCCACUCGAGAGGCAACAUGCAUCAUUACCCAGGCCAUGUGUAUUGUACUCUGAUAAACCAGUACAGAACUCAGUAGAGGUCACAGAUAACCUUUCCAAAUGUUCCAUCAAAGAAGUUGAAAAACCACCUUUGGAUAGGAGUUCAGGGAUACCUAUGACAAGGCUCCCUCUUCAAGUUCCUCAAAGCACCCAAACAGGUGCUGCAAGACCAGGGAAAGUUGUCAGUUCAGUAUUGCGUUACAACAAUUGUGGAGCUGCAGCAGCAGCAGAGGCUCUUGAUCAGCGGAGGGUGGUUAGAAAUCCAGCUGUCUCUUCCCAAUAUCCUGCCAGUUCAUAUCAAAGUAGAAACCCCGUAUGUAAAAAUGAUUCUGUGGAUGAUGAAUCCGUUGAAAGUUCCAAUGGAUUGCAGCCAAAGCCUCAAUACAUGGCACGGAAAGUUGCUGCUGCUCAAGGCGGUAACUGGUAUUGACUGUGUUGUGUUAUUCUUCUUGUGGAUUCAAUUGCAUACAGUCAGCUGAUGACCGUGGUUAGGUGUCACCGCGGAUUGAUCUGCUCUCAACUAGGAAUCAUGAGAUUCAAGUGGUAUGUUUUACCAGCACAGGGCCUGCAGGGACUGAAAAGCUCUCAAGUUGUAAUUUAUAGCACUAACUAGAAAGGUGGAAGGGGUAAUUUUAUGUGCCACUGCCCAUGACCCUGUUCUUGUAUGAUCAGAACAAUAAACCAAGAUACAAGGCAUGUCCUCAUGAAUGAGGAAAAGGCAAGGCAAUUCCUUGAGUUACCAAUUUCUUUCUGUUUUCUCCUAAUUCUUUUCAAAUUAGAAUUAAGUUAUUACCACUUUGUUCUCUAUGUCUUAUUUAAGUUAUUUUGGGGCAUAACUGUGACUGUUAAUUGUUGUAUCUUUGACUUGUGCUUUCUCAACUUGAAAUAAUUGCAUCGAUUCUUCCUACUCUUUCACUUAACCAGUAUAU